AUGUUUAAAGAGUUUGAGCAUGAAAACAAUAAUUAAAGUGCUGAUUGGAAAAAUUGCAAGAAAGAUGAUAAAGCAAGUGAAUAAAUUGAAAAUUAUGAAUAGGACUUCUAGCCUUAACUUAGAUUCCAUAAUCAUGAGAAAACAAAUCUCUAAUCAUUCCAUUAAAAUCUACAAAGAAAAUUUUAAGAUCAAACCAUGCGAUAACUUAGUUUCCCAAUUAGGAACCAUAAUUUUGAACACAUGAGUCCCUAUCUGAGAUAUUACCUUAAUAAUCACGGAGAUUCAUUCUAAGAAUAUAGAGACUACUUUAGUUUAAGAACAAGGUAAUUUGAGAAAUAAGUGAUCCAUUGGUUCUCUUAAUUGUACAGAUCUCCGAAUUCAGAGAAUGUGUGGGGUUAUAUGCCUUCUGGCUCAACAGAAAGUAUUAUAAAAGCUUUCUAUUAGGCUAGAGAAUAUUUUAAAGACCGUAAAGGUAUGGCUGUUUUCUUCUCAUAAUAGGCUCACUCAUCUGUAAAUAAAAGCAUUGUCUACUUGAAAAUGAAUUCAUUCAGUUAAUUAGCUAAAACUAAGGGAUUUUUAAUACCAAAAGAGCUUGAAGAAAGAGGAAUAUUUGAAUGGCCUGAGCGAGUUCCUACUCAAUAAAAUGGGGAGAUAGAUUAUGAAUUACUCAAAUAUUUACUAAAACCAUUUGCAGAAUAAGAAAUUCCGAUUGCAAUAUCUCUUACUAUUGGAGCAACAAUAGCUUCUAAUUUCGAUAAUACUUAAAAGGUUAUUGAUGUUCUGAAUUCCUACGAGUUUAAUCUAAGCCAUUAAGAUAUUUAGGUUGUCCUAAGGCAUCAGCUCUUUUUCUCUAAUUAAUAAAAUUGA